AUGGACUUUCUCAUCAUCCAACACAAAUACAAGAUCUUCACUCAAGACAAGAGUCUCUACUCAACACCUUACAUCGCCACUUACAAAGACCACUCAAUACUCAAAACAAUGUCCUCCACAACAAAGUCUUCCCAGGACGCCCGUCUUCAGAAUGACUACGGUGCUGAUUACUGGAUUCGCAACCCUGCAGAGGAGCACCGCCGCCCUACCGCCGGAAGAGGCCUUUUCGCUGGUCUUCAAGACACCAAGCACUACAACGUGGAAUCCGGCUGGGCUCGUCGCAAAUCUUCUGCCGAGUCGACUGGAAUCCUGGGAUCGCUCUGGGGCCGGUAA